CAUGGAUAACUGCGUACCAGAUACAAAAAUGACCACCAGAAAAAGAGACCGUUACGUCAUAUUUUCCAUGUGCUCCUUUACUUUAUCGGUCAUUUCAAUUGUGUUGGGUUUUGCUCUGUUUACGAGAAUAGAAAGUGUCGCCCGAGACUUGAGGACAAUGGACACGAAAUUCUCACUGCAAAUUCAGCAAAUCCGAGACAUUCUAAGAGAAAGUUCAGCCUCUGCCCGCGGGAGCGAAAACUUUGACACAUCAAAUGCCAUCCGAUACAAAAUUCCAGUUGUUCGUCGCAGCGUGGAUACAGUUAACGGCAAUGAAUCGAUUAGCCUCUAUGACCUUGGAGAGUCCAUCAAGAGAUACGUGCGAUCGAUUAUGAAAGGAUAUAUUUGUCAAAGUCCAAACAGGGUUUGCGUGGCAGGGUCUCCCGGACCAAUAGGAGCUCGUGGUCUUCCAGGAAACAGAGGGCCUGAAGGAAUCAGGGGGAAGAAGGGAACGCGAGGAAUUAUGGGACCUCCAGGAAAACCGGGAGAGCAAGGUAUCAAGGGAGACAUUGGCCCUCAAGGAAUCAAGGGAGAAAAAGGAAACCCAGGGACACCUGGACAACCAGGAGCUAAAGGUGAACCAGGGGAGUCCCUAUCUGCGCCAAAGGUGACCGUAUCACCAACUUCAGACACUGUUACUGAAAACCAAACUGCCACGUUUUAUUGUUCGGCUAAUGGCAAUCCAACGCCUACCGUCACCUGGAGUAGAAUAGGUGAUACGGAACCAAUUGCAAGCCGACAUAAUAAGUUAGAAAUCAGAAAAGCUACGUAUAAUGACUCAGGAAAUUACGUCUGCACGGCUUUGAGCAUAUUGGGUGAGAUGCAAAAGCAGGUGAAGCUCUUUGUGGAAGCUCCUCCACGAUUCACUAAAACUCCAAACAGAGUUAUUACAGUCAAUAGAGGUACAAACGCAUCUGCCUCUUGCCAAGCGCUUGGUUUUCCUUCGCCGAAAAUAGUUUGGUCAAGAGGACUUGUCCCGUUACCACAAGGUCGAACAAGUGUCAGAAAUGGAACCUUAGACAUAUCACACUUUGAUCCUAAAGAUUCUGGUACGUACCAAUGUACCGCGUCCAACAAGCUGGGAUCUGUCAGUGCUUUGACAACCUUAUAUUAUAUACACGUAGGGUUUAAGGCCGUCUUUACUAACCUUGGUGCGAGUGGAAGAUUUGGUCCAACAUCGCUUGGUAGUUACUACGCUAAUCAAGAUCAUGACGGACAAGUUAUACUGUCCAGCGGUAUUCAACAAUGGACUGUGCCGUACACUGGUUUCUACAGAAUAGAAGCAGUCGGAGCAGCAGGAGGGUACGGCACAAAUAGCAACAAUGGUCAAUACCGAGGGAGAGGUGCAAAAAUGGUCGGUACUUUUUCUUUGUCCAAAGGAGAGACAAUUCGUAUACUUGUUGGCCAAGAAGGAGGAAUCAAUCAUGAUGAUUAUGCGGCUGGAGGUGGUGGAGCUACGUUUGUUGUGAGGGGGAGCAAGACGCCAUUGAUAGUAGCCGGGGGUGGAGGCGGAAUGGAACAGGCAAAGUCCAGGUAUGCAGGAUGUGAUGCCAGCACUAGUACAACAGGGAACCCUGGGCACAAAUCAUGGUCCGGAGGAAUAAAUGGACAUGGAGCGCAGAUUGCCGAUAAUGAUAAUUCAGGUGGCGGAGGCGGUGGAUUUUAUACAAAUGGAAGGAGCUCAAAAAAAUUCGGCGGUACGAUGGGAUUCGGUGGUGAAGGUGGAAAGGGAUUUAUUCAGGGAGGAGUGGGUGGUAGAGCCCUUGCCAAUAAUGCCGUUGGUGGUUUUGGAGGAGGAGCUGGUGCUUUUGGAUAUGGCGGCGGUGGAGGAGCGGGAGGAGGAGGAGGCUAUUCUGGAGGAAGCAGUGGAGAUAACGAAGUUGAUUCCUGUGGGGGUGGAGGUGGAUCCUACAACGCUGGAAGGGAUCAGCACAACGAGUGUUGCUAUCGAACAUCUGGACAUGGUCAAGUGACUAUAACACUACUGGAAGUUUUCCAUUUGGAGAUGGUCCCCUAUAGCGCUUCAACUGAAUCGCACAUGAAUCACAAUUUCAUUAUUGUAUCUCCAUUCGCCAUGGAUAACAAGGUAUCAGAUACAAAAAUGACCAACAGAAAAAGAGACCGUAACGAGAUAUUUUCCAUGUGCUCUUCUACUUUAUCGGUCAUUUCAAUUGUGUUGGGUUUUGCUCUGUUUGCGAGAAUAGAAACUGUCGCCCGGGACUUGAGGACAAUGGACACGAAAUUCUCGCUGCAAAUUCAGCAAAUCCGAGACGUUCUAAAAGAAAGUUCAGCCUCUUUCCGCGGGAGCGAAACUUUUGACACAUCAAAUGCGAUCCGAUACAAAAUUCCAGUUGUUCGUCGCAGCGUGGAUACAGUCAACGGGAAUGAAUCGAGUAGCCACUAUGACAUUGGAGAGGCUAUCAAGAGAUACGUGCGAUCGAUUAUGAAAGGAUAUAUUUGUCAAAGUCCAAACAGGGUUUGUGUGGCAGGGUCCCCCGGACCAAUAGGAGCUCGUGGUCUUCCCGGAAAGAGAGGGCCUGAAGGAGUUAGGGGGAAGAAGGGAACGCGAGGAGUUGUGGGACCUCCAGGAGAACCGGGAAAGAAAGGCAUCAAGGGAGAUAUUGGCCCUGAAGGAAUCAACGGAGAAAAAGGAAACCCAGGGACACCUGGACAACCAGGAGCUAAAGGUGAACCAGGCGAGUCAAUAUCUGCACCAAAGGUGACUGUAUCACCAACUUCAGUCACUGUUACUGAAAACCAAACUGCCACGUUUUAUUGCUCCGCUAAUGGGAACCCAACGCCUACCGUCACCUGGAGCAGAACAGAUGGUACAGACUUAUUUGCAAGCCCACAAAAUAAGUUAGAAAUCAGAAAAGCUGCGUAUAAUGACUCGGGAAAUUAUGUAUGCACAGUUAAGAGCAUAUUGGGUGAGGUGCAAAAGCAGGUGAAGCUCUUCGUGGAAGUUCCUCCACGAUUCACUAAAAAGCCAAACAGAGUCAUUUCAGUCAGUAGAGGUACAAACGCAUUUGUUUCCUGCCAAGCAUUUGGUGUUCCUUCGCCAAAAAUAGUUUGGUCAAGAGACCUUGUCCCGUUACCACAAGGUCGAACAAAUAUCAGCAAAGGAACUCUACAUAUAUCAGAUUUUGAUCCUAAAGAUUCUGGCACGUACCAAUGUACCGCGUCCAACAAGCUGGGAUCUGUCAGUGCCUUAACAUACUUAAAUUAUAUACACACAGACUUUAAGGCCGUCUUUACAAAUCUUGGUGCGAGCGGAAGACUUGGUCCAACAACGCUGGGCCGUCAAUACACAGGACAGGAUCAUGACGGAGAAGUAAAACUGUUAAGAGGUAUUCAACAAUGGACUGUGCCGUACACAGGUGAAUACAGAAUAGAAGCAAUAGGAGCAGCUGGAGGAUAUGAUAAGCACCCUAAUAGUGCUCAAUACCGAGGGAGAGGAGCAAGAAUGAUUGGAACUUUCACUUUAUCCAGCGGUGAGAUCAUUCAAAUACUUGUUGGUCAAGAAGGAAUGAUCAACAACAGAUCACUAUAUCCGUUCGCCAGUGGAGGUGGCGGAGGAACAUUUGUCGUCAGAGGUCGCAAUACACCUUUGAUAAUAGCCGGGGGAGGAGGAGGUAUACUAACUUUAAAGUCAAGACAACCCGGAUGUGAUGCCAGCACAGGCACAUCGGGAAAUCCUGGGUACAGAUCAUGGUCAGGAGGAAGCAAUGGCCAUGGUGCACAGACAGCUGAUGAUGGCAAUUCAGGUGGUGGCGGAGGCGGUUUUUACUCCAACGGAAGAAGUUCAAAGUGGUUUGCUGGCACCAUGGGAAUGGGUGGAGAAGGUGGCAAAGGAUUUCUUCAGGGAGGAGUGGGCGGAAAGUCCAUAUUUAAAGCUGUCGAUGGUGGCUUUGGAGGAGGUGGUGGUGGAUACGGACAGGGAAGAGGCGCCGGAGGAGGCGGAGGGUACUCCGGGGGAAGCAGCGGAGAUAAUGAAAAUGAUUCCUGUGCGGGUGGAGGAGGCUCCUAUAAUGUUGGUAAAGAUCAGCAGAAUGAAUGCUGUUACAAUGCAGCAGGUCACGGUCGGGUGAUCGUUACACUGCUGUACGUACCAGAUACAAAAAUGACCACCAGAAAAAGAGACCGUAACGAAAUAUUUUCCAUGUGCUCUUCUACUUUAUCGGUCAUUUCAAUUGUGUUGGGUCUUACUCUGUUUGCGAGAAUAGAAACUGUCGCCCGGGACUUGAGGACAAUGGACGCGAAAUUCUCGCCGCAAAUUCAGCAAAUCCGAGACGUUCUAAAAGAAAGUUCAGCUUCUUCCCACGGGAGAGAAAACUUUGACACAUCAAAUGCGAUCCGAUACAAAGUUCCAGUUGUUCGUCGCAGCGUGGAUACAGUCAACGGCAAUGAAUCAAUUAACCUCUAUGACCUUGGAGAGGCUAUCAAGAGAUACGUGCGAUCGAUUACGAAAGGACAUGUCUGUCAAAGUCCAAACAGGGUUUGCGUGGCAGGGUCCCCCGGACCAAUAGGAGCUCGAGGUCUUCCUGGAAAGAGAGGGCCCAAAGGAGUUAGGGGAAGAAAUGGAACGCGAGGAGUUGUGGGACCUCCAGGAGGACCGGGAAAGCAAGGUAUCAAGGGAGAUAUUGGCCCUGAAGGAAUCAACGGAGAAAAAGGAAUCCCAGGGACACCUGGACAACCAGGAGCUAAAGGUGAACCAGGGGAGUCCAUAUCUGUACCAGAGGUGACUGUAUCACCAACUUCACACACUGUUAUUGAAAACCAAACUGCUACGUUUUAUUGCUCGGCUAAUGGCAAUCCAACGCCCACCGUCACCUGGAGUAGAACAGGAGAUACGGAACCAAUUGCAAGCCCACAUAAUAAGUUAGAAAUCACAGAAGCUACGUAUGAUGACUCGAGAAAUUAUGUUUGCACAGCUAAGAGCAUAUUGGGUGAGGUGCAAAAGCAGGUGAAGCUCUUUGUGGAAGUUCCUCCACGAUUCACUGAAACUCCAAACAGAGUUAUUAAAGUCAGAAGAGGUACAAACGCAUUUGUUUCUGGCCAAGCGUUUGGAUUUCCUUCGCCAGAAAUAGAUUGGUCAAGAGGACUUGUCCCGUUACCACAAGGUCGAACAAGUGUCAGCAAUGGAACUCUCCACAUAUCACACUUUAAUCCUAAAGAUUCUGGUACGUACCAAUGUACCGCGUCCAACAAGCUGGGAUCUAUCAAUGCUUUGACAACCUUGUAUUAUUUUAACGUAGAGUUUAGGGCCGUCUUUACCAACCUUGGUGCGAGUGGAAGAUUUGGUCCAACAUCGCUUGGUAGUCAUUACGCUUAUCAGCAUCAUGACGGACAAGUUACACUGUCCAGCGGUAUUCAACAGUGGACUGUGCCGUACACUGGUGACUACAUAAUAGAAGCAAUGGGAGCAGCUGGAGGGUAUGAUACAAACCCUAACAGUACUCAGUACCGAGGAAAAGGAGCAAGGAUGAUUGGAACAUUCCGCUUAAACAAGGGUGAAGUUAUUCAAAUACUUGUCGGUCAAGAAGGAGUAUUAAACAAGGUGGGUCAUUCUAAUGGAGGUGGUGGAGGUACAUUUGUAGUAAGAGGAGCCAAGACACCUUUGAUCAUAGCCGGGGGUGGAGGAGGCACAGAAUCUGCACGUUCAAGACAUUCAGGAUGUGAUGCUAGUACUGGUUCAUCGGGAAAUCCUGGCUACAAGUCAUGGUCAGGGGGGAGCAAUGGACAUGGUGCACAGACUGCUGAUGCUGAUAAUUCCGGUGGCGGCGGCGGAGGUUUCUACUCCAGUGGCAGAAGUUCAAAGCAGUUUGGGGGUACUAUGGGAAAAGGUGGAGAAGGUGGUAAAGGAUUUCUCCAGGGAGGGGUGGGAGGUAGAGCCAGGCAUUACAAUGCUGUUGGUGGAUUUGGUGGAGGUGGAGGUGCUCAUGGAACUGGAGGAGGUGCAGGAGGAGGAGGAGGAUACUCUGGAGGAAGCAGUGGAAAUAAAGUGGGUAAUUCUUGUGGAGGCGGUGGAGGAUCAUAUAAUGCUGGUAAAAAUCAACAAAACGAAUGUUGCUAUCAAUCAUCUGGCCAUGGUCAGGUGAUCAUAACCUUACUGUAA